GAUUUUCGGCUUUAUAAGCGAGACCGGAGACCGGCUCUGCCCUCGUCGUAAAUGCAUCGAGGGAGUGAGAUGAGGCGAGGCGAGGCGAGGCAAAGUAACGCGACGUGCCAAGCGACGCCACCGAUGCGCAGGCGGGCACACGGACGCAUGGAUGGACACGCGCCGAUAACGCAAUUACCGCGACGUUAAUUUACUCAAUAAUCGCAGAAGCAACCCCGUCUAAAUGUCGGCACGCGUCCCUCGACCCUAAUCAUACCGGCCGUCGUCACGUUGCUAUGCCAGACGAUAGCCGUUGUCGGCGUAAAAGCCGUCGAAAGAGAUUAUUGCAAAUACCAAAAUAUGUUACCCGCUAAAAUAUAAGAUUCCUCUCUUUUCCACCCCCCCUUCUUCUCGUUUCCUUUUCCGCUCCUCUUUUUUAAUACAUUGCGUCAUCCUCCCGACGUGACAAGAGUGUCAUGCUUAUUACGGACGAUAAUUUAAUAUUAGAACGCGUCAACGUGUGCGUUUCUCUAUUCGGUCCUCAUCAACUACUUGGUACUUUGUUUAUCGCCUACAGCCAGGGAUGACGCGGACGUGUGCACCGCCAUUUGGAGAGGCGCACUGUACCUAUACAUGAUUUCAUAGGUAAUUUAAUCCCACGUUUCUGCUCGUCCUCUCUUCGAAGAUUCAAUACCGAUACGUUUCGAAGCGGCACGAAGCGGUGUAUCGACCAUGCGGGGAACUCGACUAUAUUUGACGAAGAGAUUCGAAGCAGGCGCAAUGUCGCGACAAUAUAGGUAUACGCGCGCGUGUGUGUGUGCGCGCGUAUCUGCAUGUAUGCGGAAUAUCAGAGAAUUCGAACAUCUUCACUGUUCGCAUAUGUAGAAUGACACUUUUGAAAUUAGAACCUGAUACCUGCUGCUGCUGCACGAGGACGGCGGAAACGAGUCGUUUUGAAAGCGGAACCAAGCGGGUGAGUCGCCGCGCCUCGCGUCGCGUCGCGAACGUAUAACGGAUAGAGCUACAUCACAGGGGCAAGUGAGAGUUACCGCGGGAGUGCGUACUCUUACAUAUACACACGCGCGCACCAUUAUUAUCUACAUAUAAGAGUAAGCGAUAGAAUGGAGAGAAUAUACAGAAGGAUCCCGUCCCUCCUCCCACGCUUUUUGCCAUCCUCCUCCUCGCAGGGACGUACCACCGGAUUCAUGAAUAGCCGAGCGCGUGUCCAUGGAAACGAGUGGCCGGGACCCGCCCCGGAACUACCGCGCGCAGCCAACCCAGGCUCGACGGGUGUGUACGGGCCAAUGCGGAUGUUAGGCCGGCCUUGGAUAGCCGGCUCAAGCUUUAUCCUUCUUCGGCGAUACUGCAAAGCAGCGGUUCCAGGCGGGAGGGGUUGCCGAUGAUCGUGCGCAGGGGGUUGAAUCGCCCUGUGUCGCAUCGCGCGCGCACCGAUACUCCCUUAAACGUCGUUGAAUAAGGCCUGAUCGACAGUCGACGACGGUGUUUCUCGCGAUUCAUAUCCCAGUAUGAUCCGCAGCGAUCAAUUAGACUUCCAGCAAGAUCCUCGAGCGAGAUAAGCGCCGGCUUUAAUUAUCCAGUCGCGAGCGAGGCAAGAGUAAGACUUCGUUUCUAAGAUGUUGUUAAUGCGCGCACGUACGCGCGUGAACCCCUGUCGUCUUACGUUGACGUGUACGACGGAAGGGAAAGUGAUCCGUUUCAAGAGUGAUACACUCCUCCUCGCUCCUCGUAUCUUUUCUUUAUUGCGCGAGAAGCUGUAAUUGCCCGGGCGGUAUCCGCGACCUUAUUCGUGCCGAAAAGUGCACGAGAAACAGUGACGUAUACGCGGGCAAGAUUUCGGAAGUUGUAUUAUUGCUUCGCCGAGGGGAGGAUCGCUCGCUCACACGAGCAAAUGGAUGCGGCGGAUUUGUCGUUGACUGAAAAGCGUUGGAUCUCGUUAGAUUUAAUCUCCGAAAUCCCGCGACAGCGCGGCACCGUCGCCAAGAAGCCGAGCGUCAGAGCUGCGAGAAUGUAACCGCGAGACAUCGACGCUCACAUCACACAGUUGCAACCAGUCUCGCGGCAGGCGAAAAAAAAAGAUGCAGUCCACCUGCCAGCAGCAACAAGCUCAGGCAGGUCAAAACGGAACUUCCGCCAGCAGGACGUCGUUCCUCAUUGAGGAUAUUCUUAGCCGCGGCACCGUCACCCCGCAUUCCCACCACCAUCCGUUACAUCAUCAGCAUUUGACAUCGACCUCCGCACACGGGCAGCAGCAUCAUCAGUAUCAGCAAUUCGCCAGUCUGCUUCCUGGCUAUCCCGCGGCACCGCCCGCUGCCGCAGCUUUCUUUUUGGGCCCGCUUUUCGGUAGCGCCGGCAUGGGGGUCGGUGUGGUGCCGGGUGUCGGAGAACUAGCAGCCUUGAAGCAUUGUCGGCGGCGAAAGGCUCGAACCGUGUUUAGCGAUCAACAACUGGCAGGUUUGGAGGCAAGGUUUGAAGUACAAAGAUAUCUGAGCACGCCUGAGAGAGUAGAGCUCGCGGCUGCGUUACAUUUGUCUGAAACCCAAGUGAAAACAUGGUUCCAAAAUCGGCGAAUGAAGCAUAAGAAGCAAUUGAGGAAGUUAAAUACGAACAGCAGUAGCAAUUCCAAUUCAGCGCAGCAAUCGAUCGCUAUAACAUCGCCCGCCGAACGACCCGUGGAUUUUUCGCUGAGCGGCGGCCGCGAGUCCCGCGCGAGCAGCGACGCGCCCGCGGAUUCCGACGACGAGGACGACGACGAGAUCGACGUGCUAGGCGGCGAAACACCGUCGCCGACUCCGACGCCGACGGCAACGCCGACGCCGACUCCGACGCCGACGCCGACGCCGAUGCCGACGUCGACGUCGACGUCAACGUCGACGGCUCUGACACCGUCGUCGACGCGAAGCGGUACUUUGCCGCCUCUAUCCAGACGCGGCACGCCACCGAGGAUUCUCCACACGACGAUUCAUCCGCAGUCGCAGCCGCAUCCGCAUCAGCAUCCGCAUUCGCACUCUCACUCGCACCCACAUUCGAUCGGCCUGCACCAUCAAUCGCAACACGGCCAGCAUUCCGCCCAACGUCAAUAUCGCUGAGAUAUGUUGUAAUAAAAUCGAAUCGUUUCGUCUCUUGCCAGAAUCACGGCAAUUACGGCAAUUAUAGAGAAGGAAAAAAGAUAAUCUUUGCUCGCGCGGCACCCGUAACGACCGUAACAGAUUUACGCGGAGCGAGAAAUUCGAUUUUAUUAUAUCAUUUUUUUAAAUUUAGCAAAAACUAAAGCUUGCCGCGUAACGGAAAACAUGGCCAGAGACAUUGUCCCGCUCGAGAUCGGAAAGAGCACAACGUUAUGCGACUCUCUUUAAAAGGUAUUUAUAUGUCAUUGAAAUAUAUAAUUUAUUAUUAAUUUAUAAUCUAAUGAUAUGAACGUUAUGAAAUAAAUUAGCAGAAAUCUAUCUUAG